AUGGCUCAGGCGGCGUGGGGGCUGCUGUGGCUGCUGUUGGGCAGCGCCGGGGCGCAGUACGAGAAGUACAGCUUCCGCGGCUUCCCGCCCGAGGACCUGAUGCCGCUGGCGGCGGCCUACGGGCACGCGCUGGAGCAGUACGAGGGCGAGAGCUGGCGCGAGAGCGCGCGCUACCUGGAGGCGGCGUUGCGGCUGCACCGGCUGCUGCGCGACAGCGAGGCCUUCUGCCACGCCAACUGCAGCGGUUCCGCGGCCACCCGGCCUCCGCCGCCCGAGCCCGACGCCGCCGGCGCCCACGACGACUGGGCGCGCGAGCUGCGCCUCUUCGGGCACGUCCUGGAGCGCGCCGCCUGCCUGCGGCGCUGCAAGCGGACGCUGCCCGCCUUCCAGAUGCCCUACCCGCCGCGCCAGCUGCUGCGCGACUUCCAGAGCCGCUUGCCCUACCAGUACCUGCACUACGCGCUCUUCAAGGCCAACCGGCUGGAAAAGGCCGUGGCCGCCGCCUACACCUUUCUCCAGAGGAACCCGAAGCAUGAGUUGACCGCCAAAUACCUCAACUACUACCGGGGCAUGCUGGAUGUGCCAGACGAGGCCCUCACCGACCUAGAGGCCCAGCCCUAUGAGGCCGUGUUCCUGCGGGCCGUGAAGCUCUACAACAGCGGCGACUUCCGGGGCAGCACGGAGGACAUGGAGCGGGCCCUGGCCGAGUACCUGGCUGUAUUUGCCCGCUGCCUGGCCGGCUGCGAGGGGGCCCAUGAGCAAGUGGACUUCAAGGACUUCUACCCAGCCAUCGCAGACCUCUUUGCAGAGUCCCUGCAGUGCAAGGUGGACUGUGAGACCAACUUGACCCCCAAUGUGGGCGGCUACUUCGUGGACAAGUUUGUGGCCACCAUGUAUCACUACCUGCAGUUUGCCUACUACAAGUUGAACGACGUGCGCCAAGCCGCCCGCAGCGCCGCCAGCUACAUGCUCUUCGAUCCCGGGGACAGCGUCAUGCAGCAGAACCUGGUGUAUUACCGAUUCCACCGUGCGCGCUGGGGCCUGGAGGAGGACGACUUCCGGCCACGCGAGGAAGCUGUACUCUACCACAACCAGACCUCGGAGCUGCGGGAGCUGCUGGAGUUCACACACAUGUACCUGCAGGCGGACGACGAGAUGGAACUGGAAGAGCCGGGGCCGUCCCCUGAGGCCGAGGAGCCCCCGUCUGAUGCUGAGUUUGAAGGGGAAGGUGACUAUGAGGAGGGCCUGUAUGCCGACUGGUGGCAGGAGCCGGAUGCCAAGGGGGACGAGGCUGAGGCUGAACCAGAACCGGAACUAGCGUGA